CUCUCAGUCGAGUCGUUUGGUAGCCUACGUGUUGAACUUUGAAAACAAACCUUAUCGGUCUGCAGUAAUUCGCAGAGCAUUGCAUUACAGGUUUAGGUGUUCCUUCUUGACAAGAGGACCUCAGCAAAAGCUACAGUCAUUAUGCAGGAAAUACAAGACCAUGUUUAGCAAAAUAGCAUCAAAUUCAGCAUGAAGAUGUACUGAUGCCUAUGACUGUUUGAAGGAACAACACCUUUCACUUCGGUGCCGACUCACAAACCGAUCAUGUCAGUACAGGAAGUCCAAGUUGGUCAAGAAAAAGUUGGGUUGAAGCGGAAGUUGACUGGCCCUCCCAGACUUCUUCUAGGCAAAUUCAGGGCCAAGAACCAGGGUGAAAACAAAAUAGAUGGUCAAGCUGGAAUACACAGUGGAGUGGGCGAUAAUAAUGGGAUGCAGGGUACCACGCAAGAUACCCCUGUAGACAAUGGUUCUCUGUUGGUGGCUGUGGGCGACGUCCAGAAACCUCAGAGUGAGCAGCCAGAAACUGAAAGUGAAGAGGCCCCAGCCAAUGUCUUCGCUGGAGCCUCAGGAAUAAGCUCCACCUCAGAGGAAAAUGAAGUGAAGGGAGAUCCCCCAGGCAGUGGGGAUACAGCAAAAAGACGGACAGGGAAGACGAGCUGGAAGCAGUUCUGGUCCCCUUCUCUGCUCUGCGUCAAAAGGCAGAGGAACGACCCUUGUGGAGAUGGAAUCACUGGCGACACCUGUCAGAAGAGGCAGACUGGCUGUGCCACCAAGAGAGCCGCGGGCAACUCCGCCGACCCGAAAGAUGAGCAGUGCGACGGUGAAACCGCCCACUGCCACACCGAUGCUCGCUCGCAAAGAAGCGACGCAUUCUCGGCCGGAACUUGGGCGACCUUCAGAAGGCUCUUGAUGGAGCCUCACGGCCCCCGCAAGCCAAAAGAGGGACGUUUAGAACAGGCAGUGCCAGGCAGAGAGGACAAAAAGCGCCCGAAAGCUUCCUUCAAGAAAAGAGUGGGCCGCUUCUUCAAGAGGGAUGGCAAAAAGUCUCUGCAGGGGGUGGAUGGGAGCCCUCAAGAACCUCUAGGUGAGGACACCACGGGGCUUCCUGGUAGGCCUGCAGAUCAUGGACAGGCAGCACCCGCCACACAAGAAGUUGAUGGUUUAGAAGCUGACUGUCAUAUCAGAGGGUCACGUUCAGAGACCCUAACAGUGAGUGUGGAGGUAAGCGCAGAGAGAGCUGAGGGAACGGAGGAGAGCGAUACUGCUGAGGCUUCUGGGAAAUGUUUGAGAAGGAGAAAGGAUGAGGAAGAAUGUGGGGGAUGCCCCAAGGAAGGAGUGGAGAGGAAUGAUCGGAUUUUAAAAACCGACAAUGCCUUGAAAAACAGUGGCCUGACACCUGUGAUGGAAGAGCCCCACACUUUUGGGGAAGACUCAAAUUUGUCCACUGAUGUGGGAGAAGAGGCAGGUGUCAAAUCACUUGAGGGGGUAGUGCGUGCUGAGACAGACAGAAUUCCAGAGGAGGCUGCCAUGUUUGAAAAGGGCGCGAUAGAGGAGAAUGAUUGCUGUUAUAAAAUCUCACAGGAAAGACACAUGCAAGACUUCCUGCCCUUGAACACUGAGGCGCACAACGGCAUUGACCUUGUACGAUGUUACCGCACUGAAAUAGAUGGGAUAGUAAGAAACGGGCCAUUAGUGCAUACCCCAGAGGCCAUCCUCCUCCCUGACCUCUCUGUCGAUGAAGGCAUGCCAUGUCGUGAGACCCUGCUGGUGCAGACUGCUUGCUCUGUAGUCAAGGCAGCCGUCAAGGCUGCCCUGGAUCAGCUCAGAGCAGAAGACGACGGUACUGCCUCAAGUGUCCACAGAGGGGCGCAAGAAAGUCAAGGCCACCAUUAACCUUUUCACGACUUGCAUGUUAAAGGAUCAUGUAAAACAGACCUAGAAGGCACUGCUAUCAAUGUCGUGUCAAGGUCAUCUUUAACCCCUUUAUGGCUGUGUUUAAUCCAUGUCAAUCAAUAACGACCAGCAGGAAUUCAGGGAGAUUGACUAAGAUUCCACGGAGUUGUCACACGUUGCAGUAUUCUCCUCGCCCCUCUCCUCCACGUGGCCAGACACUUUCAAUAGCUCCCUGCGUAAAGAAUGCAUCAACAGCCAAGACUGCCAACGGAGCUUUCCGUUAGUGCCCAGCCAACUAGAACAAUGCAACUUUUUAGACCUCAGAACAUGGCAGAUGGAAAUGAUUGCAAGUGAUCUGUGUCACACCCACCAAAGCAGCAAGCAUGUAUUAUUGUGUGUUUACUUUAAGAGUAUAUGAUGACGCUGAACCUGUGUUACUUGUAUGUGGUUGUGCUGUUGGGAAAAUGCGGAAUACGCUGGACAAAUUCAGUCAUGGCGCAGUGUUAGCAUCUCAUUGUAUUUUAUGUGUCAACCCUUGGGCAGCUCAGGCCAGAUUUUGAUGGUGCAGAAAGGUGUCGCUGUAGGUAGUGCAGUUGUAUUUUGAUCAUUUGCCCUCAGCAAAAUUGUCAGCAGCGCCAAGAAUACAGUUGAUAGCAUUAGUAUUUUGCCCAGUGUAGGAGGUUAAUAGGUGGGUUAGGGAGUGGUCGUGAACAUUCAGCAUGCAUUGGCAUCUAGGACACAGUAGGCAUUGUGACACCUGAGAGCUUGCAGAGGCCCCAGUAUAAUGUCUUUGAGUUACUGGUAAACUGUGAGAGAUAUGGAAAAGUCAUAUGUCCAUCAUCACGAAAAUUUAAUUGACAAUAUUACUGAUUUCAAUAAAAGCACUGGUCAUGGAGAAUAAUGAAGAGUGUACACACCUACAGAAAAUAAAAUCACCAACCAGACUUUGAAAAGAAGAAGACUAGCUGCCUCCUGUGAUGUGUCAUAUUGUGUAAUUAAUGUCUUAUUUAUUAAUUACAGUAAUCCGUCUAUCAAAUACUCUCUAUUGGUCCAAUACAAAAACACUGAAAAAACACAGUAAAGCAAAAAGUUGAUGUGGUUCAAGCAGACCUCACAACCACAAAGAGAAAGAAAUUAUUAAAAGACUCUAGUGGGCUGCCAAGUAAAAAUCAAGCCUGAAAUAGCAACAGAGUUAAAAAUUCAUAAAGUGAUAUUUUUGCAAAAUAGCCAUUUAUUGCCUUUGUAGUGAAAGGGUACAACCCUUGAGUGAUUCCCUCUCCAUUUCAGAGGUGGGAGGUCAGAAGCAGCUUCUUGUGUUUAAGAAUGUGCUGGCCUCAUUCUGCCAUGUGCUUGAUGUUCAAAGCUGUUCUCACUGUUUGCGCUCCUUACCUGUUGCUGUGAAGAUGACAGCUGCCUCAUUCUCCUAUGCCAUAGAGUUGUUGUAGCACAUCGAUGGGGAUUUCCUUGCAGGCUGAGAUCACAUUGACUGCAUUUACGUGCAGCUGCAAGCACCAUCGGUCAGUACCGCUUAUGUCAUUGUCAGGGGGUCCAGUUUUAAAUGGCAACUGUAGCACCACAUGCGUGAAUACUAACUAUUCUGGAUCAGAUUAUGAUUCCUUUUCCCUCACUGCUAAAUUGUGCCCCCUACACAGUGACAGCUUGCCACAGACACAUUGUGUAAUUGACCAAACAUUUACAAUGCCGAAAUUGUAUUGCUGUCAUUAAAUCUUCUAAGCAUAGA